AUGACUCACACAUUUGGUGUUAAAGAUACGGAAACGAGCACCUACCAGCCGCUUACAACAAUGCGGACAGUCACAAAAGCGCAGACUGAAGAAGGAUCGGGAUCGGCUGGGGAUGAUUAUCCCACGCCCACAGACAGGUUCCCCGAGGAUCCCAACUUUCCAUGGGGAAAUGGCUCCCCAAUCCAUCGUCAUCAGAACUCGUCUGAGCUUAGCCCUGGCGAAAAUGACGGCGAUGACGAUAGAGGUCUGAGCAAGAGAAGCAGCUGGCGCCUGCGGUGGGAGGAUGUCAGAGACAAACUGGAAGGUCUCUGGUGUGGACAGGCUUUGAAGUCAGAAGACUAA